CCUUACCGCCCCUCACCUGGGCCAGGUGAGCUGCGGAGCUGCCAAGGCACUUAAAGCAUACAUUGCCACUGUGGGAAAACGUGCUCUAUCGCUAUCUGCUGCUUGUAGCUGGAGGAAUUGGAAGAAAGAGGAGCAGAGGAGAUGCAUCCGUAUAUUGAGACAGCCAGGCUCCAAGUGAAUCUCAGGGCUCCAGGAGUUACGGCUGCCACACCAGAUCGGGCAAUCGGACGGGGAAGCAGCCGUGACAAGCCAUGCUCUGCUGUGCCAGACCAAGGGGGACCACAGGUGGACCGUUUCCUUCAGGAUGCCGAAAGGAAGCCCCUGGCACCCUGCAGCGAGCCAAGCUGCCAGAAAAUCCCCCUCGCUCGCUCGUUCGAACAGCCACCCCGUCCCGCUCGCAGGAAGGCAUGCGGGCGGCACGGCACUGAGCCUGCCCCGGGCAAGCCCGAGCACCCAGCCACACGGGACUCCGCCGCCGCACGGCUUUCGGCCCCGCCGCCCGAGAGUGAAGAUGAGCGAUGAAGACAUUCUGGUGCGUGCAGUACAACUUGGAGAGAAUUUCUGCCUCUAUUUUGAAGAUGAUGAUGGGCUGGAAUGUGACGCCUUUUGUAAGGAAAAGGUUCUCCACCGAGUCCUUCGGAACGUGAGGAGCCAGCUGCUUGUGGUGCGACCAGAUUUAGACAUGGCGGCUUUUGAGGAUGUGACAGAUCAGGAGAUGAAAUCUGGCAGUGGAAUGCACUUCAACGUUCACUACUACAAAACUACCACACCUUCAGCAGGGAUGCCUGUUGCGUUCAGCAUCCAGGUACAAGAUAAAAGCUAUUACAUGUGUUGUGAGAAAGAACAUGGAAAAACCAUCGUGCGAUUUAGGGAAGGAGAAGUUCCCAAAGAAAUUCCUGAUGAAAGUAACGUGAUUUUUUUCAAAAAGACGUUUACAUCUUUUAGCUCCAGAACAUUUAAGUUUGAAUACUCGCUGGAACAAGGAAUGUUCUUGGCCUUUGAGGACGAAGGCUACUUGAGAAAAUUAAUUCUAAAGAAACUGUCACGAGAAGACGAAGUGGAUGAAACCAUGGAAAUAAGUUUACAAGUGAACUCAGAAUGAAAGUUACAACCUAUGACGUACUUCAACAGUCUUAAAUAUGUUUGGGAUUUUCCUCAAAUAAAUCUUACUCUUCAUUCACCUGA